AAGAGGACAUGAUUAUCCCCAGAAAUACAAGUGAGAUUCGGAAUUCCUGCUGCCACUUUUGACCACUUUCCAUGUCACCCACUCCUCAUCUAAGUUGGAUCCAUUUCCAUUUCCAAUUUCCCAUUUCCUCCUCCACCUCACUCAUUUAUCUAUAAUCGCUCCACCACCGCCGCCGCCGCGCCGCCGUAGUCAUGGAUCGAGCUCCCCCGCAAGCGGCUGAACAGCCCCACAACCCCACCCCACCCGCUUCAUCCGCAAUGCCAUCCUCGACUUCUGGCCAUAUGGGCAAGCACAGAAUGUUAGCUGCAAUUUCUUUCCUCAAUCAGCAAAUCCAAAUUAUGCAGGAUGAGCUACUUGAGCUAGAAACUAUUGGCGGAGUAUCUACUGUUUGCCCAGAUCUAAUCGCAAGCGUGGAUUCAGUUCCAGACGCUCUACUUCCGGUGACCAGAGCUCCGGCGGAGGCCGACUGGGACCGGUGGUUCCAAGGCGCUCAGAGCUCCCGGAGCCGCCGCCGGUGGAUCUGAACAUUUGCUUCACAUGUUGUAUUGCAAUACAAUAUCUUCCCCUUCAAAAAAAAAAAAGUUUAUGUAUUGGGCGGGAUUUAGCCCCUAGCUAUCUAAGAGAUCGUCACUCUACCAAUUAGAUCAUUUCGUGUAUCAAAUAAUUCCAAUUUUGUGUUUUGGCCUCUUUCUAA